AUGACGGUGGCCCCGGCGACAAAGGCAGGCGGCGGGAGGCGGUACGCGCUGCUGCUGGCGCUGAACGACUCGGAGUACGCCAGGAAGGCGCACGGCGGGUACGGCAAGGUCUUCGUCGGCGCCCUCCGCUCCAGCGCCGAGGAUACCUGGGACUGCUACCGCGUCAUCGACGGCGAGUUCCCUGCUGCCGAAGAGUUGGAACUCUACGACGGCUUCGUGGUGAGCGGCAGCCCGCACGACGCCCACGGCGACGGCGCGCCGUGCUGGGUGCGCCGGCUCUGCCUCCUCCUCCAGACCGUGCACGCCAUGGGCAAGCGCGUCCUCGGCGUCUGCUUCGGCCACCAGGCCCUCUGCCGCGCGCUCGGCGGCAAGGUCGGGAGAGCGACCGGCGGGUGGGUCGUCGGCGUGAAGGAGGUGACAUUCGUGGAGGAUGUGGAAGGUUUUGAGUUCUUGGAGGAGGGGAUUUCUCGCCGGAGGAGCGCCAGCAUCAUCGAGGUUCACCAAGAUGAGGUGUGGGAGGUACCACCUGGUGGCAAGGUGCUGGCCUACUCCGACAAGACGCGCGUGGAGAUGUUCGCCGUCGGCGACAACGCCCUCGGCAUCCAGGGCCACCCGGAGUACACCAACGACAUCCUCCUCAACCUCAUCGGCCGCCUCGUCAACGACGGCACCGUCGACGGCUGCGCGGGCGAGGCCGCGCGCCGGACGGCGGAGAGCGGCGGGCCCGACCGCGAGUUCUGGACGGGGCUCUGCAAGGGCUUCCUGAUGGGCGGUGGCGCCGCCGUAGCCGCCAGCACUGGUUUAACAAUUACAACCAAAAAGAGGGGAAAUCGUAGUGAGCUGGUGGAGCAGCAGCACGGCGCCGACGCCGGCAGCCGGGGGUCAGCUAGGGAGUCGUCGCACCCUGCGGGGCGCCGUCGCGCGGCCGGCCCGCCCAAGAAAAGUUUUCAAGCUCCGCCAUUGGCCGCCAGGACUCCGGCGCCGGAGCUGAGCUGCUGCCAUCGCGUCGCGUGCUUCCCUGCGGCCGCUUCAGGUCCCAUUGGCUUGUAG